AUGUGGAGGACAGAGGACAGUAUUGCUAAAGCUACUAUUAGGAAACCUUCAUCCUCCACUACUGCCAGUGGUCAGCCCUCUUCACAUCCAAUCUCCUCCCACACUCACAAACACAUUCUGAGUGCUUCUGUUCAAGAUGUACCAAACAACAACCUACCAAAGCAACUUGCUUGUUAUGUGCCCAAGGUGCACAUUAAGCCAAAAGAUGUGGUGCAAAGUCUCCAAGUCAAUGUUACAGGCUACAGGUCUUCAAUGACUGAUGAAGAUUUGAGAUGCUUUGCAGACAAGGGUGGCAUCUAUGAGCUAACAGACACUCAUGCAUGGAUGGCAAUCGAGAUAAUGCUAGCUCAACAACCAGGUGCAGAUGUUAUUCACCGUGAGAUUGUCUAUGAUCUGGAGGGAUACUAUUAUGUCAUCCUUACCCUCGCUAUCAUGUUAGACAUACUGUACACAUUGAAGAGAGUUCCAAACCCUUAUAUGACAAGUGGCAUGGAGAUGUGGCUCUACUGGUGGCUUGAAAACACUAUUGAGAUGGAGAUUUGGUACAAAGGUUUUCUAUGGUGGAAGGGCUGUUGGCUUAUGACAACAGAGUGGGCAAAGGCAACUGGUGGUAACAAAGUUGCAAAAUGUUCAUCCACCCUUUCUGCACUGCAAAUGAACUUGUUGUAUCAGAAAGAGCAUCAAGAUGUAGAACUCAAUCUCUUUUGCAAGAAUGCAAGGUUAUCCCAGCCAUCUCAUCAUAGGCCAACAAAGUCACAGGAGGAAGGACAGCAGAUUGUAUAA